AUGGGAAAUGCUAUCAACAGCAAAGUGACAACUCCCUUCCACAUGUCUGGUAACACGACUGAAAUCCAGGCUGUCUGCCCUGAGCCCCAGGGACAGGAGCAACAGACUGUAGUGGGCAGGGUGGCUGACCUUCCCUUGGUCAGAUCUGCCUGUGAGAUGGCCUCUGACAGCUACGCGGCCACCAAAGAGACCCACCCAGCCAUGAAAGCUGUCUGUGAUGUGGCAGAGACUGGGGUGAGGGCCAUCACCUCUGCUGCCAUCACCGGGGCACAGCCCAUCCUGGACCAGCUGGAGUCACAGAUUGCAGCAGCAAAUGAAUAUGCCUGUAAGGGACUAGACACCCUGGAGGGGAAGCUGCCAGUGCUGCAACAGACUGUGCAGAAGGUGGCUUCAGAUGCCCAAGACUGCAUGCGUGCUGCAGUGGCAGGGGCCAGGGAUACAGUCUGCAGCAUGGCUGGUGAGGCAAAAGAUGCAGUGACCAGCAUGGUGGGUGUGGCCAAAGAGGCUGUCCAGGAGAGCAUGGAGAUGACCAAAUCUGCAGUGACCAGCAGCAUGAACACAGUGCUAGGGAAAUCUGAGCAAUUGAUGGACCACUACCUCCCCAUGACAGAGGAGGAGCUCGCUGAGCUGGCAACCCCUAUGGAGGGGUCUGGAGAGCAGAAGAGUUACUUUGUGCGUCUGGGCUCCCUGUCUACCAAACUCCGCCAGCGAGCCUACCAGCACGCCCUGGGCAAGAUGAGACAAGCCAGGCAGCACACCCUGGAGGCCCUCUCCCAGCUCCAGCAAACCAUCGAUCUGAUGGAACAUGCCAAGCAGGCCGUGAGUCAGAAGGUUCAUGAUGGGCAGGAGAAGCUGCAGCAGAUGUGGCUAGAGUGGCACAAGGGCCAGCUGGGAGGCAAUGAGGAUGACCGCUCACCACAGCCAGAGGAGAUGGCGUCCCAGGCUCUAGCCACUUCCCAUAACCUCAUCCUGCAGGUGCAGACUGCCUGCCAUAGCCUCCUGCCCAACAUCCAGGGUCUCCCUGCCGCUCUCCAGGAGAAGGUUCAGCAAGCCUAUGAGAACAUGGGAGAGCUCCAGACUUCCUUCUCCAAUGUCCAGUCCUUCCAGGAGCUGUCUGAGGGUAUCCUGACCCAGACCCGGGAGAAGGUGACCAAAGCCCAGGAGUCCCUGGAUGAGCUGCUGGAAUAUGUGGUGCAGAACGCUCCCCUCACGUGGAUUGUGGGACCCUUUGUUCCUGCUGGAGACUCCACAGAGCCAGUGGGGGAACCAGCAGAGGAGAAGGUCACAGUCUGACGGUUUCAUACCCAUGCCUCCUCCGCCCCCAUGCUGCAGAUGUUUGUGGUGAACAGCAUGUCGCACUCUUCAGUUAUUGCAGCAACUCUCAUGGAAUGGAGGCAAAUCUCAUCACCUUGAUGAUCCUAGCUGCACUGGGUCUGCUAUUCUAAUACCUUGGCUUUCUCACCUCCUCACUAGUUAGUGACUGACGGGAUAACUUCUCAUGAGUACCCAACUGUCUAGAACACCCACCUAUUAAAUGGGCCUUAUGCCUUCUGAGGGCUUCCAGCUGUGACUCAUGGUGACUUGGCUUCUAACAGCUGUUGAUGGGUUUGCAGGAUGGGAGAACCAGCUCAGUAGGUCCAACUUCCAGGCUGGAGAAGGGUCGUCAGAGAUGGGAACCCCACUACAUAGGAAUCCUGGGGUGUUGAGCACAUGCUGGCUACAGGGGCUGACUCCAGUCCACCUAGAGGUUCUAAGGGAUCAUUUGUCCAGUAUGAGGGCUCCACCUUGCCUUCCUCCAAACAGCAUUUAACCAGUGCUGCUAGUUCAGUUAUUAUGGGUGUUCCUCCCACCUCUCAUUCCUGUGCUGGGUUUCUCUAAGGUAACUGUAACAAGCCUUGUUAAUGGAACUGCAUAUGGGCUGGUGGAUAUAAAAGGUCU